AUGCUUGGUGUGGACAUGCACCCCAGUUUGAAUCUGGGACCCCAGAGGCUUGCAGACUGCUAUUAUAGAGAUCGAGAGCCGUUGUUCCCUGUGUCGUGUGACGCAACGGCAUCCAAAGCCUUGUCCUCGAGACUUGUGGCUCCACCGACGGUCCACAGCGAGCCUGCGCAAAAAGACGACGUGAAAAUGGAGCUGGAGAACUCUUCCCUAUGGAAGCAGUUCAGCUCAGUGGGAACGGAGAUGAUCAUCACCAAAAAGGGCAGACGGAUGUUUCCAGGUAUGAAGUUGAAGCUUUCCGGCCUGAACCCAUCCCUACGCUACAUCCUUCUCCUGGACAUUACCCCACUGGACAACUCCCGCUACCGCUUCCAAGGAGGAGGAUGGCAGGCGGUGGGCGGGGCUGAGGCCAGGCUUCCCGACCGAGUGUUCAUCCACCCGGAUUCCCCCGCCACCGGCGCUCACUGGCAGAGCCGCACCAUCUCCUUCCACUAUGCCAAGCUCACCAACAACACACUGGACUCACAGGGACAUAUUAUCCUCCACUCCCUGCAUCGUUACCAGCCCAGAGUGCACGUGAUUGAGGCCAGGGAUAUGUUAAGGUGGGGUGGAGGACAGCACUCCUUUAUCUUCCCUGAGACACAGUUCAUCACAGUCACCGCCUACCAGAACAACAAGAUUACAGAGCUGAAAAUCAACUCCAACCCCUUUGCCAAAGGCUUCCGGGAAGAAGGGAUGAAUAGCAAAAAACAAAGAGACGCAAGACAGAAGCGCAAGCUAGCUGUCCUGUCAGAAACAAUGGAUGAAGUGAACUGCGACCCAUGUGACUCCACUCAGCUCUUAGCCCAUCCUGACACCACCCCGACUGUCCCUGCCGCUCCAAACAACACCAGUCCUAACAUUACCGGAGAAAACCUUCAGACCCUGAACAUGGCUUCCCUGGCCACUCUGCCUGCGGAACCGUCAUGUGGGUUUACACCAGAGGAGGCCCCCUUCCAGGACAACCUUGUACCGGAGCAGGGUCUGGACCUCGGCCAGGUCUUCAUGGUGUCCCAGAUGCCUGAUAUCAAUCUCUCUAUGAGUGGUGGGAUGCAGGACGCAACAGGAAGUGAGGUUACAAACGGUAUCAUUGAAAGUUCAAGAUCCUUAGGUGAGGCGGCGUUCACUUCCUCCUUUGCAACAGCUCAGACCAGCUCUUCUUCCUUCGCUCCUCUCCCUCAGUCCUCCACCUUCCCCGCUUCCUCAAACGAGCCUCCGACCGCUAUCCCGAAUAUAGACUAUCCCUCCAUCCUCUCCUCCGCCUCAUCGUCCCCCACCCUGUCCAUUGUGUCCUCCACAUCGCCCUCUCUGCAGCAGACCGCCUUCACCUUUCCGACUCCUCCACAGUCCACCACCUCCUCGCCGCAGCCACUCCUCUCCUGCGCCACCUCUUCUUCUUCUCCCUCGUAUCACACAAUCCCUGCAGCCAACCCGGACAUGAUGAGCCCACACACCCCAACCCAGCACACCUCUUUUCCUCCGUUACCGUGUCAAUCCCAAGACCAAAUUCCCUUGCUCCUGCAACAAGAUGACAGCCUUCCCAACAAUGACAACAAUUCCCCCACAGAGCAAACUACAGAGGCAUUCAUUUAUCCCAAUGCUGAUCCCACUCAGGUAAAUGCUCUACCCGUCCCCACUCAAAACCAAGCCCCCACACAGCCCACCCUCGGCGCGUCCUUUGCUUUUCCGCCACACAUGCAGAACCUGUCAUUCCCAAACAUGACCUCCAGCCAAGCCCUUCACCUCUCCAGCCUGACCCACCAAGCACAGGCCAGUUUCCCCGCCCCUUCCUCAUUCACUCACCCUCCUUCCUCCCUGCCUUUCCAACCUUCCUCUUGCUUCUCCUCCACGCCGUCUCUGCCCCCAGCGGCUCACCCCCAAAACCUUGCCAACCCGGCCCCCUUGUACACCUCCAUGGAGUUCCCCUACCGCUCCGACAUGAUGCUGCAUCACCCCUCCAUUCUCCCUCAGCGGGAGCCGCCCCUUCCUUCCUGCCGACCGCCCUCCACCGCAGCCCCAACUAUGUAUUCACCAUUUUCCUCCUAUCCUCUUCGGCUGUGCCAGGACCCUCACCCGUCUCUCUCCAUCCCCCUCAGGCAUCUGUAUAGACAUCAGCAUGGCCACGCCCAUCCUCAGGGGUCCUUCCUGGACAUGAGCACAAGAGCUGUGUUCUAAAAUUCAUUCAUUCAUUCAUAAAAAAAGGACACUGAUUCUAAAAAAAUGUUUUGUAUUGAUAGCGCUUUUAGGGUAAUUACCUACGAGUAGCAUUGAUGUAGUUCAUUUGUUCACAGAGAUUUGUAAAUAAAGCUUUGUUUAAAUAUCAAUUCUAGUGUAUGCAAUCAAAAAAUAAACUUAAAAGCAGGUGUGAUUUAUUCAUUCAUUUUCUACCGCUUAUCCUCACAAGGAUCGCGGGAGUGCUGGAGCCUAUCCCAGCUGUCUUCGGGCGAGAGGCGGGGUACACCCUGGACUGGUGGCCA